GGGAUGUGGCUCAGUGCGAAGGCCUUGGGUUCUGUCCCAGGUAGCACACACAUAUACACAAAACUAGUGCUAAUCUUAAAUGUCUGGUAAGUUACAAAGCAACCCGCCUUGGGGUCGCUCUUGGGAUGCUAAAUGAAGCUGUCUCCAAGCAGUCUCGCAGAAGCUCCCGGGGCACUGGGGUUGCAGCGACAGAUUCCGGUGCACUGCAGAGCCCAGGCGGCUGGCCACGCCCACCACGACACGCCCCCUAUAAACCACGCCCAUCGGCGGCCCCCGCCCCUCCCUCCGGCUGUGCUCGUGCGGCCCUGCCCUAGCCUUGGCUUCUGUUUCCGGGCGGCCUACUGAGGCCGGCGCACAAGAUGGCCGCCUGCUGGAGGCGGCCGAAUUGAAGCUUUGAGCUCUAGCGCGGGGCUGGAGCUAGGGACAGUUUCCAUUCACUCACCUACUUAGGUGACGGGCAGUCGGGGCGGCGCCGCCUGUCCUCUUGAGGUGUAAGGUCCACUCGCUGCUAUUCCCGGUCCCCAACGCCUUCCCAGCCCUGCCCCCGGGGUGGAACCUAAGAAAGGUCGGGCCCGUCUGCCCCGCCUAUCCUUGCCCCGGGGCGGUCGCUGUGAGUCAGUGGCUCCCUUUUAGAAUUGAUUUUCGCCACGUGCGGGUUCCAUGGCUGCCUUGCCGGCGUCGGGGGAGAAGAUGAACAUCCAGGCGGAAGAGACAGCCAAGGUCGAGGACAUGGAUUCGCUGGGGAAUGAUUGGCCGGAGCCCGAGAGGCCUCCCCAGCGCUCCCGCGGGCAGAAAUGCACUUCCUACGUGCUGGCCCUGAGGCCCUGGAGCUUCAGUGCCUCGCUCACCCCGGUAGCCCUGGGCAGUGCCUUGGCAUACAGAUCCCAGGGCGUCCUGGAUCCUAGGCUGUUGGUUGGUUGUGCUGUCGCUGUCCUGGCUGUGCAUGGGGCCGGCAAUUUGGUCAACACUUACUAUGACUUUUCCAAGGGCAUUGACCACAAGAAGAGUGAUGACAGGACGCUGGUGGACCGAAUCUUGGAGCCCAAAGACGUUGUUCGGUUCGGAGUCUUCCUCUACACAUUGGGCUGCAUCUGUGCUGCUUGCCUCUAUUACCUGUCCCCUUUGAAAUUGGAGCACUUGGCUCUCAUUUACUUUGGAGGUCUUUCUGGCUCUUUUCUCUACACAGGAGGAAUUGGAUUCAAGUAUGUGGCCCUGGGAGACCUCAUCAUCCUCAUCACUUUCGGCCCUCUGGCCGUGAUGUUCGCCUACGCCGUCCAGGUGGGCUCGCUGGCGAUCUUCCCUCUGGUCUACGCCAUCCCCCUGGCCCUGAGCACCGAGGCCAUUCUCCAUUCCAACAACACCAGGGACAUGGAGUCUGACCGGGAGGCCGGCAUCGUCACGCUGGCCAUCCUCAUCGGCCCCACCAUCUCCUACGUGCUCUACAACACGCUGCUCUUCCUGCCCUACCUGAUCUUCAGCAUCCUGGCCACACACUGCAGCAUCAGUCUGGCACUGCCCCUGCUCACCAUCCCCAUGGCCUUCUCCCUCGAGAGGCAGUUCCGCAGCCAGGCCUUCAACAAGCUGCCCCAGAGGACGGCCAAGCUUAACCUUCUGCUAGGGCUUUUCUACGUCUUUGGCAUCAUCCUGGCCCCGGCAGGCAGUCUGCCCAAACUCUGAGGGCACUGGCAGCUCCUCGAAAACAGCACUUCCCCCUCUGAGAAUGUUCUAGAAUAGGGUUCCCGGAGAGGGAAUAUGACUUGGCAGGGUGGGUCCUAAGCCUUGUGAGAAUCAUGCCUUUUUAUAUUAUUAUUAUGUUCUUAAAGAUAAUCUGCUUUGUUUUUAAUUUUCACAUGUUAUGGGGAAUCUUGAAACCACUCUGCAACUAGAAGUAAUUACAGACACAUGGACCUUGUUUUAUUUAUAAUUUCCACUAGAGGGUGUUGUCAGGUCACCUUAAGAUGGAGCAGACCAGGUUUCUGCUUGUUCUGGACAGUGUCCUAAGAUGUCACGGAGGAGCUGCCUGGGCUGGCCUCUGUGCUGACAGAGCCAUAGCUGCGAGGCGCAGUGUCACCCUCCUGGCUUGGCCGUGUAGGCAAAAGCAGUAAUUGGUUCCAGGCCCCAUUAACAUGGGCAGCACCUGUCUCUUGUUCAGCACCGGCAUCCUGAAAUAUGCUGCCAGAGAGAGAGAGUCCCUCAUUAACAGCCUGGGGCAGCUCCCGGGUUUUUGCCGAAAUUGUGAUUCAGACACAUCAGUCCUUCAUCUCUCCUUUCACUGUUGCCACAAUUGAGUAUCAGAUCACCCUGCAGCAAUUGGGUGGGGAGGAAGAAAAACCCACCCUGGAGGCAGCUGAGAAAACCACUUGCUUUUGGACAGCAAGUAGCAGAGUAGCUGUUUUCCACUUGUAGAAUCUUGGAAGAUGACAGGAAGUAUUCCUAGCCCUUUCAGUAACUAUCAGGAGCCCCAAAAUUAUAAGAGGCACUGCCAUCCUUGCAGGCUUCUUCCAGUCCACAGGGCUUUUUCCUCCCAGUCACCUCUCCUCAUGCUGCCCUCUGUCCACUCUGCACCCAUGUCCCUCUGCCCCGUUCCUGUGUGUGUUUCCUCUCUGUGGAGCCAGCGCCUGGGUCAGGGACAUUACCACUUUGCAUAGCGCCACAGAGAAGGCAG